AUGUCUACGGCACAUAAUUCGCCGGCCUUUUUGGCCCAAGAUCGCCGGAAACCGGCUGCUAUCGGUAUGGUAGUCACGACAACACUGUCAACCAUUGUGGUUUUGGCUCGCCUAUAUGCCCGAGGGUAUUUGAUUCGAGAGUUAGGUUGGGAUGAUUAUACAAUCGUUAUCGCACAACUGGUCGCUUGGCUCGACAUGGCGCUGUCUCUCAUGGACGUUCACUAUGGUGGCGGUCAGCACCUUAUGGUGAUUAUGGGCCACCCAAAAAACCUGGUUCUCAUGUACAAAUGGCUUGUCGCUGCCCAGAUGAUCUACUUUUUGAGCCUCUGGCACUGUCGCGUCUCCGGUUUGUUUUUCUACGCCCGUCUCAACCCAAUGCCACGAUUUCAGCUAUACCUGCGCAUUUCAUUUGCAUUUGUGACGGCUGUAUUUGUCUCACAGGCACUUGUCAUUGCACUUCAAUGUAUUCCACUCCAGGCCCUAUGGGACCCUACGGUGAAAGGCAAAUGCAUAGGCUCUACAGCUGUCUUUCUCUCGACUUCGGUACUCACAAUUAUCUGUGAUUCACUUAUUCUAAUAUUGCCAACCAAAAUUGUCCUCGGAUUGCAGGUCAAUUUAAUUCGGAAGUUGGUCUUGUGGUUUGUGAUUUGCUUCGGGGUUCUUGCUAUUGUUACAUCAAUUCUCCGCAUGGUCUCUAUGAUCGUUGCCAUUCAACACCCCGAAGACAUCACAUGGUUCUUCUCCGUUGUGGUGGCCUGGUCUAGUGCGGAGAUCAGUGCCUUCAUUAUUGCCCUCUCAUUGCCUGCCUUGAAAGGCUUAUUCGGCUUCUUGCGAAGCAGGGGGAAUUCAAGCUCUGGUCAGAGUAGCGGUUCUCAGCCCAUUAGUCUCGGGUCAGUCCCUCGAACAGCCAAGCAUAGAAGAAUCUAUGAAGGACCAAAUUUUUACCAGAACUCAUCCGAUGCUGAGGCCCAGAAAGACACCCCGAAAAGUCCAAGUCAGGAGACGCUUUGGAAUGAUCGGGACAGGCGAGAUAUUCGCGUCAUAGAUGAAGUGGAAGUGCAUGUGGAUGAUGAUGAUGAUCUUCGCGCUCGAAGAUGA